AUGGCACGACACGGCCGGCUCUUCGGUUUACUUGCCCUUGCAGUAGGCUUGUACUCUCAAGUUUAUGCUCAGCCUGUUGAAUCAUUGCCGUCAGACGUUAAGGGUGAACUCCGAGGCCCUUCCGAGCUCUUAGGUGCCAUUGAUAUCAACGACUUUGACCGUCUAGACGAGCGUGCACUUGGCGCAAGACGGGAAUUUCCUCCGCCUGCGAUACUACCGCCACCCCAAAUUGUGUAUCGUGGUGACAAGAGGUCACCCAAGGAGAUCGAAGCUAUUGGCGGUUUCUUGCCAAGCUCUGAAGUUACACCAACUAAUGAGAACAAUGGCUUUAGUCUUUAUAUGCACCACUUGGGCUAUAAGCUGGUGGAUGGUAAAAGAGUUACCGCGUAUGUAUCUACAACCAGAUUCUUCGGGACGGCACUUGGAUACGCAAAUAUGGCUAGCAAGGAGGGUGGCUGGAUAUACGAAAUCCAAGCGUUACCUCACAUGACCGACUCUGAUGGGACUCUGUUGCAAGGACGCAAAUGGCGCAACGAAUUUGAAAUUUCAGCCUUGGGGGGUAUCUCCUGGAGUCAAGUCAAGUCAGCAGUCCAGGUCCCUGGUUUUAAGACCACUGGGGACUACGGUGCCGGAUUCUGGUCCGACGUCACUGUGGAAAGCUUCAAGCAGAAGAUGCCCGAAAAGCAGUGGUUCAACAACUCAAACUACAACUCGACCUUUGAUCAGUUCAAAGCAAGCCCGGGGCAGCCACAGCUCGCAGGAUGGUUCGACUCGGAACACGAGCAGUAUAAGUCCCAGGAGCCCUGGAGCCUUAACCAGACCAAGACCAUCGAGGAGUAUUACAUGGAUUUCAUGAAUCAGUUUGGAGGGCAUGUGGGUUGGACGGGUACCUAUCCUUUGGUCCUAUCGCACAGAGCACUGCCUCGAUAA